AGAAAAAAUUCUAAAAAGUAAGUUGUUGUGAAAACAUGUAAUUAAAAAUGCAAAAAUAAAUAACGAUGAAAGUCAAACAGCAAAUAUGCGUAUAAAAUUUUUGAUGAUUUCAUUUUUGCCUUGAAAAAAGAUAUAGAGGGAGAGGAAAUUCGUGUCGUCGCAUAGGGAGACAAAAUGGUAUUAGACAAGCAAAAUGGAUAAAUCUUGUGAAUUAAAUAUGUGUGCGUGUUGUGUGAUAAUAACAGGAAAAGUCAACAACAAACCAACAAUACCAUUUAGUUUUAGAUAUUGACAAAAAAAGAAAAAAGAGAAAAUGUUUUGAGUACUUCAAGAAAUUUUUCAUUUCACUUUUGCAAUUCAAAAACUCGAGAAACAAUUGAUUUUUCCAUAUCAUUAGAAAAACAUUUUUGGUUUUAAGGAUUUUAUUCGCAGUUUAAUUACUUGACAGUUUUUUUUUUUUCGGCUAGAAAUUAUAACGAAAACAUAAUAAUAUUGUGAAAUUUAAAAAAAUAAAAUUAGGGGGUUGGCUAAACGACGAACUCCAAACAAAAUAAACCAGGCGGGAGCAGACACGGCAAACCAAAUACGUUUUAAUAAUUUCUUGUAGAAGACAUAUAGAGCAAGAAUUUUGUAUAAAAUUGAAAAAUCGCGAAACAUUUACGGAGCCGCAGUUCAUAUGCCCUAACGUAGCGAGAAGAAAUCUUGCGAAAAAGAAAACCCUUGGCUGUACUUCUUAGUGUACACAUACAUAUAGAGAAAAUAUAAAAGCUAAUACAAAUACAUACACAUUAUUUACGCCAUGGAAAAUCCACCGUUGUUUAAUAGUGUUGAGGAUGAAUGCCGUUAUUGGAAGGAAAGAGCCAAGCUUUUUCAUAAAGAAUGGACAGAUGUUAAGCAAGAAUUUGACGAGUUUGUCGAGCAGUCACGAGAAAUGGAGGCCGAAAUGGAUGCUAGUUUAGAACAAAAGCUUGCUGUAAUUAAAGAUCUCAAGUUGAAAAUUUCGUCAUUGGAACAGGAAAACGAAACGCUUAAGGAUAAACUUGAUUCUCAUAAUGUAGAAUAUGCAAAUGUGGAAAAGCAAUUGGAGAAUAUGAAAAAGGAACGUGAUUCAAUGAAAGAGUACCUGCGCCAAUUGGAACAGAAAAAUGAUGAUUUGGAGCGGGCACAUCGUAUAUUAAACGAAAGUAUUGUCGAUUUCGAGAGGAUGCUUGACAAAGCAUACGAAAAAAAUGCUUUACUUGAAAUGGAAGUGGAUGAAAAGGAAAUAUUACAAGAAAAAUUGCAAAGACUAAUGGAUGAGACAAGGGAUCUUAAACAAGAACUGAAUGUAAAAACACGUUAUUCCACCAACAUUUCUACCACCAGCUCAAUUACGAAAAAUGGUUUAACAGCGAGUACGACUGAUUUGACUUGUACAGGCAUAGUCAAUGGAGAACUCUUAGGUGAUAAUACGCAACACAUUACCAAUUGUAAUAAUGCCGUUAAUCACGUGACCAGCAACGGCACAACUAUUAUCGAAUCAACCACAAAUAUUAAUGAACAUCAGCAGCUGCAACAGCAAAACCAACGCUCAUUAAAAAGAAAACCCUAUAAUGACCCGGCUAAUAUACUUAAUGGUAAUGCUAUGUCAGCCAGUUCGCGUACAACAGCAUUAAACAUUGUUGCUGAUAUGCUCAGGAAACUCAAUUUGGAUAAAGCAUUGUUAUGUCCACAAUGUCAAAGAUUUCGUUGCAUUUGUUUGCCCAUCGACACGUCAUCACCAUCAAGCACUACUAUCUCUAAUAAUUCCACAGUCAUGAAUGUACAAAAUGUGAACGCAAUAUCCACAGAUUAUCCAGUCAGUCACACAAGUGUCGUUGGUAAUGAGCUAUCGCAACCAGCAAAUGUCAACGAUGAUGAUAUUGUAGCUUUGCGAAAAUGUCGUUCCUCUUUUACACAAAGUAGUACAAGUUUAAAUUUUAGUACAAAUAUUUUUAAACGUUUCGCUGAACGUAUCAGCGGUAACGGGACAUUCCCCAAUAUCAGCCUAAGGACUUCUUUAGUUAACAGUAACGGUAGCGAUGAAUUGUAAUAAUUAAAUAUUU